CAAUGAAUUUGGCGAAUCGAGUGGCUAUUGUGACGGGGGCUGGCAAUGGCCUUGGGAAGGCUUAUGCUUUGUACCUCAGCAAACUGGGGGCGAAAGUUGUCGUCAACGACACUGGUGGCAACCGCCAUGGCGUCGGGACCGAGACUGGCGCCGCAGAUGCGGUGGUGCAACAAAUCCAAAGUUUGUAUGGCAAGGAUGCCGCGGUGCCAAAUUACACCACGGUGGAGCACGGUGACAGUAUUGUGCAAACGGCGCUGGAUGCAUACGGACGUGUCGACAUUCUCGUCAACAAUGCUGGCAUUCUACGCGACGUGACAUUGAAGAACAUGACGCAGGACGACUGGGACCUUGUCCUUCGAGUCCACUUGAACGGCACCAUGAGUGUGACCAAGUCGGCGUGGCCGCACAUGCGAGAACAACAGUUUGGCCGCAUCGUCAACGUAACUUCGGCGUCGGGGCUGUAUGGCAACAUUGGUCAGGCCAACUACGCCGCGGCGAAAAUGGGCAUCGCUGGGUUCACGUUCACGGCCGCCAAGGAAGGAAUUCGCAGCAACAUCAAAGUGAACGUCGUGGCGCCGCUGGCCAUGUCGCGGAUGACUGAAACUAUCGAGUCGGCGUCCCCCAAAGUUCUGGGGCGCCUCCAGCCCGAUUUUGUAGCGCCCUUCGUGGGGUAUCUGUGUCAUGAUGACUGCGCCGUGUCUGGCAACAUCUACGAAGUUGGGGCCGGAUGGGUGUCGAGGGUGCGGUGGCAGCGGUCGAAGGGGGUGGUGUUCCCCCCCAACGGCGGCAUGACGCUUGAGACAAUCGCCGCCAACCUCGACAGCAUCCAUACAUUCGAUGACGAAGCCACGUAUCCAGACAGUUUGCUGGAUUCCAUCGACGCGUGUGAAAAUGCUCUCCAAGACGAACCGUAGACUAACUACUCGUGUCACAUACUCCUGUACAGUGUGGUUUAAGGUUAAGGUUCAAAGAAUAAUGCUAAUCUUGGUGAG